UCCGAAAGGGUUGCCAAAGCAUGUCGAUACCUACAGUUAUCGAAACUAAAAAAAUAGUACUAGGUGUGUACACACUUGACGAAACGUUACAAUUGGCUACUAUUGAAGUAUCAAAAAGAAAGAAAAAAUACAUUAAAAUGGAUCCGACGAAGUCUAAGACCAACUCCACUUUGACGUCCCCUACUCCUUCCCCGGAGAAGCAACCAAAUGGAUUUGAUCUUGGGCUCGAACCAUUGCGGAUCUUAGGAGCCUGCGACUGGUCCGGCGAGCUGACCUUUUUGAUGCAGUGGAAGGGCUGCGUCCAAGCGGGCUUGGUGCCCGCCAAGGUGCUAAACGAUCGGUGCCCCCAAAUGGUCAUCGCGUUCUACGAGGAGCGUAUUGUGUUCAAGGAUCAGUGCUAUGAAGACUCCUUGGACUCGGACUGUGGGUCUGAGACCACUCCGAGUCCCGAGAAGAAACGGGCACCAAGUGCCUAGUCCAUAAAACAAGUACACAAAACGAUUCUUACUGUUGCGCACCGAAGCCAUUGCGGAUCUAUGUAUAAAUACCGCCAAUAAAGAGUAUUGACUCUUCUGCUACAAGGUUUACUUCAUUU